CAAAAGCUCAUUUCUCCUCACUCUCUCUCUCUCUGCCUUUGACCAGUAGUCCAACAUACUCUUACUCUACACUCUCUCUCCCCCUCUCGCACACAUACUUCUGAUUAGCACACACUUCUUUUUCUCUUUCCAAUUUCUAUAUAUUACAUGCACCUUUUCUCAUAACUCAGAUCUCUCCUUCAAUAGCAAUAAACCCACAACUUAUGGUCACCCAAAGCCAACUUUUCAAUCUUUUUUGAGUCAACCAAUUUGUUCAACCGAGCUUUAAUUCAUUUUCUUAUCCAUUGAGAUAGAUAGAUAGAUAGAGGGAUACAGAGAAAAAAAAAAAAAAAAAAAGGCUUGGUUCUUGAACCAGAUAUGGCAGCAGCAGAGAUUUCAGAGACUAAUAAACCGUCAUUACCAGAAGCAGAGAAGAAGAAAGAACAAAGUUUACCAUUUUAUCAGCUUUUCUCAUUUGCUGAUAAGUAUGAUUGGUUGCUCAUGAUCUCUGGUAGUAUUGGAGCUAUUAUUCAUGGUUCUUCAAUGCCAGUCUUUUUCUUAUUAUUUGGUGAGAUGGUUAAUGGAUUUGGCAAAAACCAAUCUGAUUUACCAAAAAUGACCGAUGAAGUCUCUAAGUAUGCACUAUAUUUCGUGUAUCUUGGUCUUGUUGUGUGCCUAUCAUCAUAUGCAGAGAUUGGCUGCUGGAUGUACACCGGUGAAAGGCAAGUAGGAACUCUGAGGAAGAAGUAUUUAGAGGCAGUGUUAAAACAAGAUGUUGGGUUCUUUGAUACAGACGCAAGAACUGGUGAUAUUGUGUUUAGUGUAUCAACAGACACUCUCCUUGUCCAAGAUGCCAUUAGUGAGAAGGUGGGAAACUUUAUACAUUAUCUGUCAACAUUUCUUGCUGGGCUAGUCGUUGGUUUUGUAUCGGCAUGGAGGCUAGCAUUGCUAAGUGUGGCAGUGAUACCGGGAAUAGCUUUCGCCGGCGGCUUAUAUGCAUAUACUCUUACUGGUCUCACAUCCAAGAGCCGGGAAUCCUAUGCACAAGCCGGCAUAAUUGCCGAGCAGGCCAUUGCGCAAGUUCGGACAGUUUACUCUUAUGUUGGGGAGAGUAAAGCCUUAAAUUCAUAUUCAGAUGCAAUACAGAAUACUUUAAAGCUUGGAUAUAAGGCUGGAAUGGCCAAAGGUUUGGGGUUGGGAUGUACCUAUGGAAUAGCUUGCAUGUCAUGGGCCCUUGUGUUCUGGUAUGCUGGUGUUUUUAUCAGGAAUGGAGUGACUGAUGGAGGGAAGGCAUUCACCGCAAUUUUCUCUGCCAUUGUUGGUGGCAUGAGUUUAGGUCAGUCAUUUUCAAAUCUUGGAGCAUUUAGUAAAGGUAAAGCUGCUGGAUACAAGUUGAUGGAAGUUAUCAAACAAAAGCCCACCAUAGUUCAAGACCCCUCAGAUGGGAAGUGCUUGCCUGAGGUUAAUGGGAACAUAGAAUUCAAGAAUGUAACUUUCAGCUACCCAUCAAGGCCGGAUGUUAUUAUAUUCCGCGAUUUUUCAAUUUUCUUUCCUGCUGGAAAGACUGUUGCUGUUGUUGGUGGUAGUGGUUCAGGGAAAAGUACUGUUGUCUCUUUGAUAGAGAGGUUUUACGAUCCUAAUCAGGGACAAGUUUUACUUGAUAAUGUGGACAUAAAAACACUGCAACUCAGGUGGUUACGCGAUCAGAUUGGCUUGGUGAACCAAGAGCCUGCUCUGUUUGCAACCACAAUACUUGAGAACAUACUUUAUGGAAAGCCUGAUGCAACAAUGGACGAAGUGGAAGCUGCUACUUCUGCGGCAAACGCUCAUAGCUUCAUUACCUUACUUCCUAAUGGAUAUAACACUCAGGUGGGAGAGCGAGGAGUGCAACUCUCAGGUGGUCAAAAACAGAGAAUUGCAAUUGCUAGAGCCAUGUUAAAGAACCCAAAGAUCCUUCUUCUUGAUGAAGCUACCAGUGCCCUUGAUGCGGGCUCUGAAAGCAUUGUUCAAGAAGCUUUAGACCGUCUCAUGGUUGGAAGAACAACUGUAGUAGUUGCACAUCGACUCUCUACCAUUAGAAAUGUUGAUACAAUUGCAGUUAUUCAACAAGGGCAAGUUGUUGAGACAGGAACCCAUGAAGAACUCAUUGCCAAAGGAGGAGCAUACUCCUCAUUAAUCCGAUUCCAAGAAAUGGUGAGAAAUAGAGACUUCACAAACCCAUCUACUCGUCGGUCACGCUCAUCACGUCUAAGUCAUUCACUUUCCACUAAGUCUCUAAGCCUCCGCUCUGGCAGUUUACGGAACUUGAGCUAUUCAUAUAGUACUGGAGCUGAUGGUCGCAUAGAGAUGAUAUCAAAUGCUGAAACUGACCGUAAAAAUCCGGCACCUCAUGGCUAUUUCUGCAGACUGCUUAAGCUAAAUGCACCCGAAUGGCCAUAUUCUAUAAUGGGUGCUGCAGGAUCCAUACUUUCUGGUUUCAUCGGUCCGACCUUUGCAAUAGUAAUGAGCAACAUGAUUGAGGUUUUCUACUAUAGAAAUCCUGCCUCCAUGGAAAGGAAGACAAAGGAGUAUGUUUUUAUUUACAUUGGUGCUGGUCUUUAUGCGGUGAUUGCAUACUUAAUUCAGCAUUAUUUCUUUAGUAUUAUGGGAGAGAACCUCACUACAAGAGUGAGAAGAAUGAUGCUUGCAGCAAUUCUGAGGAAUGAAGUAGGAUGGUUCGACGAAGAAGAGCAUAACUCGAGCCUCGUAGCAGCUCGAUUGGCUACGGAUGCAGCUGAUGUAAAAUCUGCAAUAGCUGAGAGAAUUUCAGUGAUAUUACAAAACAUGACUUCUCUCCUCACUUCCUUCAUAGUUGCUUUCAUAGUGGAAUGGAGGGUCUCCCUUCUCAUUUUGGCUACCUUCCCUCUUCUUGUCCUAGCCAAUUUUGCCCAGCAACUCUCUCUUAAAGGGUUUGCUGGAGACACAGCCAAGGCUCAUGCAAAGACUAGCAUGAUAGCUGGUGAAGGAGUGAGCAAUAUCCGAACUGUUGCAGCUUUUAAUGCCCAAGAUAAAAUCCUCUCUCUAUUCUGCCAUGAACUCCGUGUCCCACAGCUCCGUAGCCUACGCAAGAGCCAAACCUCUGGCCUUCUCUUUGGCCUCUCUCAGCUUGCUCUCUAUGCCUCUGAGGCUCUCAUCCUUUGGUACGGUGCUCAUCUUGUGAGCAAAGGUGCCUCCACAUUUUCAAAGGUUAUUAAGGUCUUUGUAGUCCUGGUGAUCACAGCUAAUUCAGUUGCAGAAACUGUUAGUCUUGCUCCAGAGAUCAUCAGGGGCGGUGAAGCUGUUGGUUCUGUGUUUUCCAUUUUAGACCGUUCUACUCGAAUUGACCCGGAUGAUCCUGAGGCUGAGCCUGUAGAAUCAGUACGUGGAGAGAUUGAGCUUAGACAUGUUGAUUUUGCAUACCCUUCAAGACCUGAUGUUCCAGUGUUUAAAGACCUUAACCUUAGAAUCCGAGCUGGUCAAAGCCAAGCCCUUGUUGGAGCUAGUGGGUGUGGAAAGAGUUCUGUUAUUGCAUUAAUUGAGCGAUUUUAUGAUCCGUCUGCCGGAAAGGUUAUGAUUGAUGGGAAGGAUAUACGGCGAUUGAAUUUGAAGUCUUUAAGGCUUAAAAUUGGAUUAGUACAACAAGAGCCAGCACUUUUUGCAGCAAACAUUCUCGAUAACAUUGCAUAUGGAAAAGAUGGUGCAACUGAAGCCGAAGUAAUCGAAGCUGCUCGUGCAGCUAAUGUACAUGGCUUUGUAAGCGCAUUGCCAGACGGAUACAAAACUCCAGUUGGUGAGAGAGGUGUUCAGCUCUCUGGAGGACAAAAACAAAGAAUUGCAAUAGCAAGAGCUGUUCUUAAGGACCCAGCAAUACUUUUACUAGAUGAAGCUACCAGUGCACUUGAUGCGGAAUCUGAAUGUGUGCUACAAGAAGCGCUCGAGAGGCUAAUGAGAGGUCGAACCACGGUGCUGGUAGCGCACCGGUUAUCGACCAUUAGAGGGGUGGACAGUAUCGGAGUUGUUCAAGAUGGGCGGAUUGUAGAGCAAGGCAGCCAUGCCGAAUUAAUUAGCCGAGCCGACGGAGCAUACUCUAGACUCUUGCAGCUACAACACCAUCACAUAUGAGAAGUUUUGAUGAAAGCAACAUGGCCUUGUUGGUUGGUAAUUAUGUUGGGGUCCCCAUUAACCUUUUAUGUUUCCAUUUUUUUUUUUUUCUUCUUCUAUUUUUGAAUGAUGAUGACAGUUGUAGAUAUGGGAAUGUGGAGACUGUAUCUUGAGAACUAUCAUCACCCCAUUUCCAAUGGGGGGAUGGCAAGCAAGUUUUAUAUUAUUAAAUAUCUAAUGGUUCAUAAGCCUUUCUUGUCCA